UAAGAAGGCAUCACAAUGUUGAAGGGUUCAACAUAUGACGCAGGAUUUAACAGCGAUCAUUCAUGCAUUACUCCAAUUGUACAUCAAUGUCCAAUCUAACGGUUAGAUUUGAAGUAUUGCAUGAGAUCACCAUGAAAUUUGCAUUAUAAAAGUAAUCCUUAGAAAACAGAAAAGUUGAGAGAGAAAUAAUCAACUUUUCCUUUCUCAAUUCUCUUUCCUCUUCUUUUGGUACCGCCUUCCCAUGUUCCCACUCCACAGCUCAAUACCUAAAACACAGAUCCAUCCACUCACCCACCCCACACAUACAUCAUACAGCACUCAUAGCCGUAGCUGAGGCAAAAACGAGAAAGUGCGAGGUAUAGCAUUCGGUGACUUUUUGAUACCCCGGAAGGCUGGAAUAUCGAUCUCUCUUGCAAGCUGACUGAAAAAAUAUCUGGAGAGAGAAACGAAGAGAGAGAAAUGGGUAUUGCAUUGUUGGAGAUUGGAGUUCAGAUCAGAAAAGCUGUGAUCUUUUUAAUCAGAAAAUGUUACAGACUAGUUUGCAAUCAUCCAUUUCUAAUGGUUAUGGUGUUUUUCUUGAUUUUGAUGUACAAAUUGUUUCCGUUGGUGUUCUCACUUUUAGUCUCUUCCUCCCCUGUGCUUGUUUGCACUGCUGUUUUGCUUGGAACACUCUUAAGUUUCGGGCAGCCAAACAUACCCGAAAUCGAAAAAGAAGAGAAAACAACCCAUGAAAUUGUGUCUUUGAAAACUGGGAUUUCGAGAGAUUCUAUUGUCGUGGAGAGAGAUGAGAACUAUCUUUUGGGGAGAUAUAAUGAGAAGAGAAGGGACGUAGUGGGGAAGUCCAUUGAGGAGGCAAGUUGGACUGCAAAUGAUGCUACUGAAGUUGCUGAAGGUGAUAGUUUUGUUGAUAGUGAACUGCAAUCCGAGGGAAAAUCCCGGGAAAUCGAAUUCCAAAAGCAAGUUAUUACUGCUGGGGAACACGGAUUACAUGCUCCAAGAUUUGAACUGAAUAGUGGAAUGAAUGAAGUGCAACCAGGAGAUGAGGAAGUUGUGGAUGAUCAGUGCUCUGCAAUUCAAAGCUUGUAUGCUGAAAAUCUUGAAUUCAAGAAUGACAAAUCAGCGGGGAAGUGUAUUGAUUUCCAGAGGGCGGAUUGCUUGAAUCCUGCUCCAAGUUCUCCUUGGAAACAGGUAGAAGAUGGGGAGGAGGAGGAUGAUGAGGCUUCAGAUGGGUCCAAUGAAGCUGAGAGUUCCUCUCCAGAUGCUUCAAUGGCUGAUAUCAUUCCAAUGCUUGAUGAACUGCACCCGCUUUUGGAUGAGGAUGCCCCUCAGCCUGCUCAUAUGUCCGAUGAGGGCUCUGAUGCUGCUUCAGAACGUUCUCUGAAAUCCAGUGAUGGAGGUGAUGAGUCGGAUGAGAACUCUGACAACCAAGAAGAGUUAGAAAUUGGAGAUGAUGAAAAUGACGAUGAUGAAGAGGAAGAAGAAACGCAAGGGGCCAAAGAGGAUGGAACUAAAUCUGCAAUCACAUGGACAGAGGAUGACCAGAAGAAUCUCAUUGACUUGGGAACCUCUGAGCUAGAGAGGAACCAAAGGCUGGAGAGUCUUAUUGCAAGGAGGAGAGCACGAAAAAACAUGAGAAUGAUGGCCGAGAAGAACUUGAUAGACUUAGAAGGUGCUGAUCUUCCCUUUAGUAUUGCACCCAUUUCGACGACAAGACACAACCCUUUUGAUCAUCCAUGUGAUGUCAAUGAAAACAUGCUGUUACCGCCCAUUCCUGGGUCGGCUCCAUCUGUUUUGCUACCAAGACGCAAUCCUUUUGAUCUUCCUUAUGACUCAAGUGAAGAGAAACCCAAUCUUAUGAGUGACAGUUUUCACAAUGAGUUCAUGACAUUUCAACCAAAAGAACAAUUUUUCCGGAGGCAUGAAAGUUUUAAUGUGGGAUCCUCAUUCUUUGGGACUUCUAGGCAGGAGAAGCAAGAUAUCAAGUUAAGACCUUUUUUUGUACCAGAACGGAUUGCUUCUGAAGGGACAAGCUAUGCUCCCUUUCAAAGACAAUCAAGUGAACUUAGUGACUCUAAGGUGAGUUCUGUUCCUGAAACAGAGUCGAUUGGUUCAGCUGGGGAUCUGGAUGAUAAGAAUCUCAUUGAAGAAGAUUUUUCUCCAAAAGUGGAGCUGAUCUCCACCAUAGAGCAUGAUUCCCAGCAUGUUGGGCAUGGAAGCCAAUCGUCUGAUGUAGAUUCUGUGGAGUUAGAUCAUGCUGAGAAGAGAGAUCUUGAGCUCCAUGAGAUUGAAAUCAAAUUAGGGGAUGAGGAAAAUCAUCAUGAAAUGGAAGCAACUUUGUCUGUGAAAGGAGGUGUGGCUAAUCUUGUAGGACAAGACACAAGGGGAACUCAUACUACAGAAGUUGUUGAACAGAGAUAUAGUAUAGGAUCAAGCUCAAUAUUAUUGCCAGAAGUAAAUGAAACAAUCUUUAAUGAGAAAGAAGGUGAUAGUAAAGUCAAUCUUAUCCAGGAGGCUAUCCUUUCAAAGCAACCUUCACUAGAAAAGUCAGAUUUUAGUAUGAUUAGUGGUUUAGUGGGUGACACUCAACACAGGGAGCCCAUUUAUGAUUCAAGCCCCCCAGCAGUUAAGAAGAACCUCUCUUCCUCUUCCACUUCCAUUUCUUCUGAUUUGCAAGUAGAAAUAUCCAAAUUGGGGUCACUACCUGUGGUGGUCAAGAGAACCAUUUCUUUUGAUGAGAAAGAAUCCGAAGUGAGUAGUCCGAGCAUAAAGAAGGAUACUCCAGGUAAAGAAGAGAUGGUUGCAGACUCCUCACAGAUACGUGCAUUAGAUGAGAUUGAAUUGGGAUGUUGGGGGGUUACAGAGACAGGUCCUGAUUUUUUAAAAUUUGGGAUCUCAGGAGCUACCCAGCAAUCUGGCAGUGCAAAUGUUUUGAUGAUGCCUAAAACUGUUGCCGAUUAUACUGCAACUGAUUCACAAGAAUCUUCAGAGACUCCAGUGGAAGAGGAUCUUACGCAUCAAGAUGGAAGCUAUCAGACUACAGGGGGUCAAGUUCCCUUGUUGAGCUUUGAUGCAGAUAUCCAUGGUGCAGCUCACCAGGAUGUGAGCAAGGAGAUGGAGUUUAAAUCCUCUGAAGGUCAAAAUUCAGUUCCAACAAAGGAAGAACAAAAUUCAUUGGUCAUUGAACGAUAUUCACCUAAUAACCCCAAUACGGUUUCUUUUGAGACUGAAUUGGAGGAGGAGCAUUUAAUGGAUAUGGAAGCACCUCAUCUCUUUACACAAGAUCAAGUGCACUCAUCAAAUUCUGAUGCAGAAUAUUAUGUUGGUGUUCAACCGGAUGAGAAGCUGAUUUCUACACAUUAUCCAAGUGUUUCUAAAGAAAAGUCUGUACUGCAACCAGAGAAAGAAUUGCCUUUGCCUGAUGAAUCUAUGGAUGAAUCAUCAGAUUAUGUUGAAGUAGUGCAUGAACAAGUAAUUAUCCUGGCAGAGUCAACUGAGGAAGUCAGCUAUACGAACAACUUGAAUAUCACAGAAGUCCAAGAGCUCAAUGACACAGUUGCCCCAGAGAUAUGCCCUUCUUCAACUCCUGAACCUACUUCCACUCCAUGUGAUGACUCCGAAACCAAGGCACUUACGGCUCUAGCAGGUAUAAAAGACGACAUACUCGGUGGGAAUGAAAAUGAUGAUAGAAUUCAGGUCUUAGAACACUUCCAGUUCCCAGUGGACGCAACUGAUCCUCCUGUUGAUGUCCAUAAUAUUGUUGAGGAUGCAGAUGAUGUCAAGGAGAUUGAUGAGGGAUUGUUGUUGGAAUUGGAUGCAGUUGGUGACUUUAGUCUGAAAGAUUUGGGAUCAAACUUUGGAGAGAUUGAAAAACAGAUGGUUUCUGGUGGGAUGAGCUUUCCGGUGCAGCGUGAUCAUGAUCCUAAUUCUAGUGGACCUGUUGAAGGUGAGACCAUUGAAGUUGAUGAAACCGAAUGUAUUGUGGAUAGGGAGAACCGAACGAUAUCCAAGAUUGAGCAUAGCUCUAUUGGGCAUGUUGAUUCAUCUAUGAGGAAAUAUGAUAACAAAGACGUUCAGAAUCCCCUUGAUCUCAAAUCAAUCAAGGAUGAACCACAGCAAAAUAAAUCUGAGGUUGAGGCUGAAGCUUUCUUGGUGAAGCUACAUACAAAUGUGGAAGAGGUUGAUACCGGUAUGCCUGUUGUUGAAGCACGAUCAUAUGAAGAUAUUGAGUCCAUUUUUAAAGCCCAACCAUUGUCAAUGGAAACAGAAGUUGAGCUUGGAGAAUUAGAGAUACCCCACCAAGGCAAAAUGAAAGAAGUGACAGAUUUUGAGAUGCCUAUUCUUGAAGCACAGUCACUUGAAGAUAUCAAUACAGCCUUUAAGCAAAUCAAUGAAAAAGUAGAUGAGAAAUCUGUAGUGGUUGAGUCACUUCGUACUGAGUUGAUAUCAGGGGAAAAUAUGGCUGAAUGUUCUGAAUCUGGGGUGCUGCCUAAAGGUUUGGAUUGGACAGAGACAAAGUUAGAGUUACCAGUUCUCCAAGCAAGAUCGAUGGAAGAUACUCACUUGGCUUUUAAGAAACUUGAAGAAAAAACAGUUCAAAGACAUAUCCUUCACGGUUCAGGUGGUGAUGGUCCAGAUAUGUCAGAAUCCAAAGAUCCAGCAGAAACCUCUUCAGAUUUGCAUGUUGUCGAAACAAAAUCUCCGAAAGAUGUAAAUGUGACUUUCAUGGAAAUCUCAGAAAGUAAACUAGAUAAGCAGCCAAAGUCUGGUUCUGAGGAUGGGCUUACAGAAGUUGAAGCAAAAGAAGUGGCUUCGUCUAAGAUUGCUGAAUCAAACAGCAAAGAAUCUGGUGUACAGGAAACUAGCUCUGGUGCUGCCAAAAAGUCAGACCAUGAAGUGGGGACAUUUGAAGAUUUAAGUUCGAGCAUAUCUGACCUUAAAGUUGAGGAAAAUGUUCAUAAAUCGACCUAAGUUCUAGCUCCAGCUCAAGUGAUUCUGAUUGAGAAUGAGAACACAAGGGUUGGAAAGAAGAAAAAUAUUGGUUUUGACUUGGCUUGCCUCUGAGAUAAUGGAUUUUUUUGGUUUUCUAGCUUGGUUAUUACUUUUCUUUCCGGUUAUGGUAGUCGGGUUUUGUUUGUGAUUGUUUGAGUGACUUUUAACUUGAUUGAUUCCUUCAAGAUUGAGUUUUGAUUUAGUAUCUUGGAGUAUGAUUAUCUUUCUUAGUUUCGUUGUUGAGUGGGCAGGUUGAGGAUAUUGGGAGAAAAUGCUGUUUUAUCCUUUCAUACUGUACAUUGUAAUUUUUUAAUGUUAUUUGGUACGAUUUGAGUGUUUUUGUAUGGGAAAAACAUGUGCAGAGUUCUUUUUGCUCUGAAAAUCUUUUAAAUUUGUGGAAUUUCCG